AUGGGCCACAACCCCCGUUCAGCGCGCAGACACAAAUCACCACGGUUCAAUGUGGACUAUGGACAACGACAAAACCAACUCUCCAAUUAUGACACAACAGUCAGUGCACCCGGUACAAUGAUACCAUGGGAAGCACGACUGAAGAAUCUAGAAGAGUCAAUACGACCACAGCUAGACGCCAAUGUGGCACAAUACCAAAAGAAAAUGCGCGCAGCAUUUGACAGAAAAUACCAAGCGAA